AUGUUUUAUACGGAAAAUUAUGAUGUGAUCGUAAUCGGCGGCGGUCACGCAGGAACCGAAGCGGCACUUGCUCCGGCCCGAAUGGGUUUGAAAACCCUGCUUUUAACGCACAAUGUGGAUACUUUAGGUCAAAUGUCUUGUAAUCCGGCUAUCGGCGGCAUCGGUAAAGGGCAUUUAGUGAAAGAGAUCGAUGCUAUGGGCGGUUUAAUGGCAACCGCGGCUGAUUUGGCGGGCAUUCAGUUUCGUACCUUAAACAGCAGUAAAGGACCGGCUGUGCGGGCAACUCGUGCGCAAGCGGAUCGCGUGUUAUAUCGUCAAGCGGUGCGCCAGGCUCUUGAAAAUCAACCUAAUUUGGAUAUUUUCCAACAGGAAGCCACGGAUAUUUUACUGGAACAAAAUCGCGCCGCAGGGGUUUCCACCAAAAUGGGAUUAACCUUUCGGGCUAAGUCUGUCAUUUUAACGGCGGGAACUUUUUUAGCCGGCAAAAUUCAUAUCGGUUUAACCAAUUAUGAAGGCGGACGUGCGGGAGAUCCGGCUUCCGUCACACUUUCUCACCGAUUACGUGAUCUCGGUUUGCGAGUGGAUCGUUUAAAAACCGGUACGCCGCCACGUUUGGACGCUCGUACCAUUAAUUUCGAGAUUUUGGCAAAACAGUACGGAGACUCGGAAUUACCGGUUUUCUCUUUUAUGGGAUCGGUGGAUCAACAUCCGCGCCAGAUUCCUUGUUUUAUAACUCAUACUAAUGAACAAACCCAUGAUGUGAUCCGCCAUAAUCUGGAUCGUAGUCCGAUGUAUACCGGCGUGAUUGAAGGGAUCGGACCACGAGUACUCUGCGUUGAUACCACUGCU